UGAUUCUGUGGCUGGUCAGGCUGCGCUCACACGUCACAGAAUCAGUCGACGCGUGACUAUCUCAGAGUGAGGAGUAUGUUUGAGGUUGCGUUAUGUAUUUUUCUGGCUGUCACCGCGUCAUCAUGCGCGGCCCAACAGAGUAAUCCGGACAAGAUACCUUUCACGAGUGAGAAAUAUCAGCAUACACCCGGCCGACUGACAAAUGAACAGGUUACCACGUUGUCUGGUCUUAGUAAUAUUACUAAUAUGAACGAAAUCUUGGAUAACAUAUGCGUAGUAAGGAUCGUGGGAACUCCCGAACACAUGAGAGUACGAGAGUAUAUCAAAAACUCGAUGAGAGAUUUAGGUUGGACAGUAGAGUCAGAUAAAUUUGAAGCCGAUACACCUACAUUUGGCAAAUUGGAAUUUGAGAACAUAAUAGCGAAAUUAAAUCCUGAUGCGAAAAGAUAUCUAGCACUAGCUUGCCAUUUUGACUCAAAGUAUACAAGAGAGAGAAACUUUGUUGGGGCCACAGACAGUGCUGUACCAUGUGCUCAAAUGAUUAAUUUGGCUACUGUUAUGACCAGAUAUUUACCUAGACAGCAAAAUGUCAGUUUGAUGUUUAUUUUCUUCGAUGGAGAAGAAGCAUUUGAAGAAUGGGGUCCAAAUGAUUCUAUUUACGGUGCCAAACAUUUAGCUGACAAAUGGCACAAUGUGAAAACUUAUGAUGGAGAAAAUCAUUUUUCUGAAUUAGAUAAAAUGGAUAUGUUAGUGCUUCUUGAUUUGCUGGGAGCACCAGAUCCAACUUUUUACAAUUAUUUUGAAAAUACCGAGAAGUGGUAUUCUUUCUUAGUUAAUAGUGAAAAGAAAUUAGCUGAUAUGAAAAAAUUAGAAUCUUAUUCAUAUGGCAAACCGAAACAGAGCUAUUUUCAACCAUAUUCAUUUCAUCCAAAUAUCGAAGAUGAUCACAUUCCCUUUUUAAGAAAGAAUGUGCCUAUUCUGCAUUUAAUACCGAUUCCGUUUCCGUCCUUUUGGCACAAAUCGAGCGACAAUCGACACAAUAUUGACUUGAACACUACAGAAAACAUUAAUAAAAUACUGAGACUAUUUGUGGCUUCUUACUUACAUUUGUCGAUUCUCUAACAAAAUCAAAGAAAUAUUGUAUGUAUCUCAGAAAAAUAAUUGGGAGAAAAUUUAACAUUACGGAUUUCAGAAAUUUUUUUUGGUAAUAAACAACUCCAACACAAUUGUUAGACCGAUAAUACAAGAAAUGCGUAGUGUUAAAUUUAUAAAGUAUGAAGUAUUUACCAAAAAGAAAAAUAAUUUUAAUUUGAAGUAAUGUAAAUAUUCGAUAUUUCCUAUAAAUUUUUGCCAUUUGGAAUAUCUA